AGCAUUCAGCAUCAGCUGUUCGACGCUGCGCUCCUCUCAUUGCUGGAAGUCGGGGCUGAGUGAGUCACAUGACCGAGCUGGAGGCAGAGAUCUAGAGAAAAAAAAGGCACAGCAUUUCGGCUCGCACCGCCAUACUGUAUUUUGAGCCAUAUCACAAUUUUUAUCGCAACAUUUUACUCCCCGCUCGAUGAUGCUGGGUGGACGAGGGGAGUUUUGAUUCUUGGGGGAGUUUCAAUGCGUUUUUUUUGUUUUCUGUGUCAACGAGGAUGAACAGACAUUUUCCCUUUUGCAGGAGGGCAACUGGAGGAGAAUGACUGGUAAAACCCAGACCAGCAACGUGACCAACAAGAAUGACCCGCGAUCCCUCAACUCCAGAGUCUUUAUCGGCAACCUCAACACAGCCAUUGUCAAGAAAACCGACAUAGAAGUCAUCUUCGCCAAGUACGGAAAGAUAGUGGGUUGCUCUGUGCACAAGGGUUACGCCUUCGUACAGUACUUGAACGAGAGGAACGCCCGAGCAGCCGUGGCGGGGGAAAAUGCCCGUAUCAUCGCCGGACAGCCACUUGACAUAAACAUGGCAGGCGAGCCCAAGCCAUACAGGCCCAAAGCCGGGUCCAAGCGGCCGCUCUCCGCCGUCUACAGUGGUUAUGAAUUUGAUUACGAGUACUACAGGGAUGAUUUCUACAGCAGGCUUUUCGACUACCACGGCAGAGUGGCCCCCCCACCCAGAGCCGUGAUCCCUCUCAAGCGCUCCAGGGUGCUCGCUCCCUCCUCCCGCCGGGGGAAGACCUCCUUCCCCAUCAAAACCUCCUCCUCCUCCUCCUCUUCAUCCUCCAGACCUCCCACAUCAUCCUCCUCCGGGCUCAAACCAGUGAAGACAGACCAGCUGCAGACCAUCAAACGGGAGCUGACUCAGAUCAAGAUGAAGAUCGACUCUUUGCUGGGACGCCUGGAGAAGAUCGAGAAGCAGCAGAGAGCUGAUUGUGAUGCUCAGAGAAAGUACGAGGAUAACUGCGACUCCCUGCAUGAGGAGUCCGUGUCGGAGACGGCAGAAAACUCCGGGGAGGAGGCCGGCGAGGGGGCACUGGACGUGGAGGCGGGAGAGAUGACCGACGGAGGCGAGGACGACUACGACGAGGAGGGCAGCCACCAUCUGAUAGAGAACCAUGUAUCGGAUAUCGACAACUGAGAUCAGGAUGAGGCGGCAGACACCCCCGGUCGGUGGUAUUAGAAUUCAUCAUCACCUUCAAGAGGCAGAAAAAAGGAUCUCUGAGGGAUCAAGCCACCCAUUCUUGGACUGUAAGUUGUGUUAAAGAGACGCCCGGAUCACAUUUAGAUGCCAAACUGUGCAGCAAAAAACAGAAAUGUGAUGCGCUCUCUCUAAAGAAAAUGUGUGCAAGACCCGUUUUAUUGCGUCUGCCCGAGUUUGCCUCAUGGAUAUUUCUGUGCAAUUUAUGUUUCCGAAAGCUGACGGUUUAAUGUGCUAAUCCUGUUCCCUGCAAAAAAAAAAAAAAGUAAAAAGAGAGAAGGGAAGGAAAUGAGUUUUUAUUUGGAUUUUAUAAAUUGAAUUGCGUCAAAAGUGGGGAACACGUUGAUCGAUUGUUGCUGCUUGUAUGAAAUGUGUUUCUUGCGCUGUAAUUUCACAAAACUGAUUUUUAUUUUUUUUUUUCAAUUCAUUUAUCCGUUGUUGCUCAAAAAUCGAAUGAAUAAAAUGACAGACGUAAAACAAUCGGCGACCACAGUGUGACGUUCAGGAAAAAGAAUGCGACAUCGUUUUGCCGUCUGCUUUUCGGAUUUGCCUCGUACGCUAAGCCAAUAGCUGUGGGCAUAACUUUAUCCAGCUUUAUCCAUUUAUCACACAAAUGCCCUGUGGGGCUGUUCCAUCAUAUAGUCCUUCUCCUGCCAAGUUUAGGAGGCAGAAAGAGCUUCCUGUGGUAGAGAGCCAACACUGGCACAGGCCUCCUGCCAGGGAGCAGUGCCCCAAUGUCUCAAUGCACUGCUCCCCCGCUCAGCCUGCGCAUCCCAACAUGGACCGCCGCUGUUCAGGAGCCAACGCCCUUUUUUUUUUUUUUUUUUUUCCCCUUUCUCCUCUACAAGCUCCCUCUGCAUCCUGCAUUGAUUCUGUCCUGUGCAGGCAAGAGAGCUCAGACAGUUUUGGGGUUUUUUUGGAAAACCGUGGAAUCUGUAUCGUUCUAAAUUAUAAAAUCGAGAGGCUUUGAUAUCGUCCAAGUACGAUGUAAUAAUCGAACAGUGAUAAUGACUGAUCCUACUUUUAAACAACCUACAUAAGUGACAGGACGAUACCAAACAGCAUCCAGCGUUACUCUUUAAAUAAAACACCCGUAAAGGUCAAUAGGAAGGUGAAGUACAAACAGUGGUCAGAUGAAGCUGAACUGCCAGGCACUGAAUGAUUAAUCCGCUCAUUUGGUGAAAUUUACUGACAGAAUUAUGAUUUCAACCAAGUCAGAUUGUUGUUUUCCCGCCAUGUGGAGCCGCUAACACACAAACAUCUCAAAAUGCAGCUCGGGCGUCAACUGAGCGAUUUAUAAUCAACCCGAUUUUGAAUAAACUUCCACCAACCGAAUGAUGUCACCAGUCGCUAGAUAUCAGCAUGUUCUACUGUUAAUUAUUCACAUCAUGUUUUUGUAAUAGGUUUACAGAUUUAAUUUACUCCAAACAAUGACAAAGGCAUGUUUGUUGUCUCGAGCUUUCAGUUUCUCUUCAGAGCCGAACUCAGGAGGAGGAGGGAGCUCAUUUGCAGCAGGUGUUCCAGCUGACAUGCUGUUAGCAUCAAUUAGGCUGAUAAUGUAGUCCUGUAAAAGCCUCCAGGCCAGUAUUCAGAGGAGAUUAUUAGUGCUAAUUUUGUGAAUGUCAAAGCCUGAUUCAUGUCUCUGAACAAUUAGCUGCCAACGCCAGGUAGAUUGUGGCAGGUGAGGCAGGAAAUGGCAUAGAUACUGUAGGGUUGUAAGCAUAAACUGUGGGAGCUAACAUGGCUAACAGGCUAACAACAAUGUAUACAGCUUCAUAUCAAUUACUUUACGAUCAUUAAUCUCUAUCACUGUCCAGGGCUUGAGGCAGCAUCCCGGGGACGAUUGCAAAUGUGCCUGCAGUAAUCACAGACUGUCCUCGGGAUGCCCAGCGACUUAAAGCAUGUGUAGCUAGGCUAUCAUUUAGCAAAUGUUCCCUCAUGCUGUUACUAUAGUUAAUAUCACUGGAUGACAUCUCAGCAUGAGACCUCUUAAAAAUUACCGCAUGCUAAAAUGCCGAAACAGAAAAAAUGCUAUGUUAAAGACAACAAAUCCAUGUUGAAAUCAGCAGGAGGAGAGCUGGUUAGCUAGCAAGUAGCUGGUAGUGUGCUGAGCCAUUAGCUUACAGCUAAGAAGGCUAACAGACCUAACAGAGCAAACAGCGAACAGAGCUAAAUACCCAGCAGGAGUUUCUGUUAAGCUGAAAAUUAUGUGUUAAUCGUUAAACACCUUGCACCUUAGACAGCCUGGAAGUGUCAAAGUUCAACUGAGCUCUUCCUCGUUUCCUUCUGUUCGCACUCAGAAGCUUGAAUCUCCAGCGUGACCACAGUAAAACUCCUCCUGAGGGUGUUUUUUUUUUUUUUUUUUUUUUCUAAGUAGAAAUGAAAGCGUGAGAGCAAACAGACGCCAUGUCCCUUUUUUUCUAAAUGAAUAUCAGGAGAGGUCCUGCGUUUAUGUAAAUGUUGAAUCACUGGGUUUAGUGCUGUUGGUAGAUUAAUGAGGUUUUUUUGCCGAAAUUAAUUUGAAAAGAAAAAAAAAAAACGCCCCACUUUAAGGUUCAGUAUGUGAGAUUUAGUGACAUCCAGCUGCAGAAUAUAGAAAAAUAUGAAAGGACCGCUUUAGGUUUGGCUUUUCCAUUUUGGACCACUGUGAAGACAGAUGAGGCGCUCUAGAUAUUAAAGUCUCAAACUAGAGUAACAAAAACGUAAUUAUUCCUAGAAUCAGGGGAUGAAACACCAACAAAAACGUAAUUAUGAAUAUUUUAGUCCCAUUUCCACCCCUAAAUCCUACACAGUGGACAUUUAAAGCCCUCGCUGUGUCUAGUCAAGCAGAUAAUUCUGGUUUUAUUUGCACAUCAUUGAGAUAUGUUGUAGCCAGUCCAGUCCAGUGCAAUCUAAUAUAACUUCAUUUACAACACUAUCAGCAUUUUAAAAAAAAUCCAGCAGCUGUGUUUUGUUUUGUUGGUUGUUUUUCAGAAGAAAAUGCCGUAAUUACUCCGGGGAAUCGACGCACGCCUCCAAAAUUUCUCCCUAUUUUAUUUGACCUUGGGUUGAACACGUUGCCCGUGAAAACUGUGGAUUACAAACCUGAACAACGGUGUUUUGUACAGAUAAACACCACACCUCUUUUUAAACACCAAAAUUGAAAAAAAAAAGAAGAAUAUAUUGUUUUUCGUGAACGGACCCUUUAAGCAGAGAAUUCAUUAUGUUGCACAAUGUGACGAACACAACAGUGAACCCUGGCAGCGCCGCCUGAAAAAAAUACAUGAAAUAAAAUGUCUGUCCUGCAGCUCUUUUCAAAAAUUAAGUGUCUGGUGAAUGAUGAUAAUGUGUAAUAUUUAGCACUAUUUUUGUAUCCAAAAAAAACAAAACAAACAUGUCUAAGGGAAAUGGCUCUGCUACAUGUUUAUCUUUUUUGCUGGUAGCCUGUUAUUUAAUGAACAGUUUGGUGACGUGUCAAAUCUUUUUUUUGCAGAAAUACUAAAAAAAAACAAAAAAACAAAAAGGGACAACCUCAUUGCUUUUAACUGUUGUAAUUUAUCUGGGUCACUUUAAAAACAUUUCUGGCUUCUCAACGCUCACUUUUUUUAGUUUGCCUUGUAAAUAGUACUUUAUCAUGUUUAUUUCAAGUAUCAAUAGGCUGAAAGAAGAAUUUUACUAAGUUUAAAAAUAACACUGAGAUGAUAUACUGACAGUUUGUUGGGAUCGCUGGGAUCAUGGGGCUUGUAGAGAUGUGUAACUGACAACUGUUGUAUAGAAAUGUACAUUUUUUUGUAAAGAUAUUUUUAUCAAAAGGCAUGUUUACUGUAACUUUGUAUUUUCAGUUCAUGUACAAAAAAAAAGAAGUAUAUUCCAACUGUUUGACUCAUUGUCAUUGUAGAUAACUAUUUGUGUUCUUCUCAGUCAAUAAAAUGUUUGUGUCAUAUUUAACUAGUCAAAUGUUUCAAUGAUCAACACUUUAUUUUACAAAUAAAUAUGAACUGAAGGACAAAGAGA